AUGGGUUUUGUGUGCGCAUGUGCUGGGCCGGCGGGGGAGGGGUUGGGAGAGGUUUGCCUGCGUGGGGCGAGGGCCUGGUAUGUGCGCGUGCGCGCGGUGGCGGGCCUGACUGGGCGCGCUGAGAGGCGGCGCUCCUGGGUGCUGUAUUGUCUGUGCUCGGCCGUCGGGAGGUGGCCGUGGAGGGAAAGAGGAGCCCGCCAGAACCUGCGGCUCCUAUGGAGAGCCCAGGCCCCCCGUGACGCGUCGCUCUCGGCCCCCUUCGGUCCCCGCAUGGCGGCGGCCAUGGCCCCAGCGCUCCCCGAGCCGCCCUCCGAAGUGCCCCCUGAGAAGGAGGCAGCGGUGAGGGGCCGCCAGGCAGCGCUGUGGGGCCGGGCGCGCAGCCUGUGCCGGAGGCUGCGGGCGCUGCAGGCUCAGCAGGUGGAGCGGCAUGUUCGGCAGCAGCUGGCCGGGCUGGUGCGGUACAUGGGGCGGGCGGCUCCCGCCGGCCUCCCUCGCGUCCUGGGGCCUGACCUGCGGCAGCUGGCGGCCAGCGCCACCGCCAAGCUCCGGGCCGCCCAGGAGGCUUGUGACUCGGACGCCACCGACAGCAGCAGCGGCGGCGGCGGCGGCUCUAGCUGCGGUUCCGAGGGGGAGACUGAUAGUGAAAGCCCAGAGGAGGAGCGACCCGUACCGACCCCUGUAGCGAACAGCAAAAGGCACAUCCCUGAUUUUUAAAAAAAAAAAAAAAAAAAGGCAUCUUAUAAUGGGAAGUAUCAAGCAACCUGCACUCUAGGAGGAGCUGGUAAUGACACCUAUAAUAUGUCUCAACAUUAACAAGUCACCGGGACCAGAUGGCAUUCACCCAGGGG